AUGGGCCCCUGUACCGCCUCCUCAUGCUGCUGCCAGGCCCGUAAUCUGCCAUGGGCCCCCGUACCGACUCCUCAUGCUGCUGCCAGGCCCGUAAUCUGUCAUGGGCCCCUGUACCGCCUCCUCAUGCUGCUGCCAGGUCCAGAGUGUCUCAUGGGUCCCUGUACGGCCUCCCAUUCCUGCUGUCUCCAUCGCCACACACUCUGCCAUGUGCCACUUUCAGGUCUCCUCACACUGCUGGUGGGUUCCAUUUUGUCAUAGGGUGCUGUAUGGCCUCCCAUUGCUGCUGCCUCCACCGCCACACUCUGGCUCCACACUCUGGUUUUGGCCCCGUGACUGCCCAAAUGAGUGAAGUGUGCGGUGAUUCUAAGAUCGACGGCACUCAUCUGCAUGUCAUACUGACUGACAGUAUUAUUUCUCUUCCCCAGCAGACUCCAAGGGCAUUUAAAUUAAAGGUACAGUGUUCUGCACUAAUAUAA